AUGACCACCCGGUUGCUGCAGUGGCUCUCCAAGCAUCUCGUCCGGAGCCAAACACCCGUCAUCGAGCUGUUUGCGACCCAAAAGCCCAAGAUCCAGAGAUCCGACAGAGAGUGGCUCCAGUAUGCUCGCACCCAGCCACUUAUCUAUGUUCAGGGAUCAGCGUCGCCUGUCGCCGUUCAUCUGCUCGGCCUGUCGAAAUAUUCCAUCUUUAGCGACAGAUCUGCCAUCCAAGACUGCGUCAGGAGCAUUGCUCCGUCGAUCGUCAUCUUCGCUCCGGAAUACAAGCAACGGCAGACUGCCGAAGGGCUCAAGACCCAGCUUGCUUUGCUCUCGCGCCUGCCUGAGCGUCCUGCGGAUGUGAUCCAGCACACGAACACCGGGCCUGGCCAGUCGCUCAAGACUCGCCUGGACUCGAAUACCUUCCGAAUGCUCUCUGUGCAUGGAAUCAGACUGGGAAUGGACUCUAUGAUUGCCGUCAACGAAGCCCUCACGCAGAAUGCAGUCUAUCGGCAAGUGGCGAUCGAGCCACUGAUGUGCUCUGUUCCGGCAGAAGCAGGCGCCCUCCGCAAGGUCUCUCGCUCGUUGAUCCAGAAGGCAGCCAGCGAAGGCGGGCCGGCCUUCUUCCUCAAGUUCGCUGCCAACUUGCGGCUGGGCGACGAAGCCUCGAAAAAGCUGCAGCUGUCGCUCCUCGAUCAAAUCUUUGCCCCGAGGGUCACGUUUGACCAGAUGCAGCUGGUCCAGCGCUGGUGUCCGAUCUACUACCAAGGCUUGGUCGGCGACGGGACCCUGGCUGUCGUCGAUGCAGUUACAAAAGCUGCCAAGGAGCUGCAGACCAGCCUCCGACAGCAGCCCACGCCGAACCCUCGCAUUCUUGUGGUGACCUUCCGCAACAACGUCUAUGGCAUCCAGAAGGAUCCCUCCUCCUUCCAAAUUGACGACUGA